UUUCUUUCAAGAAGGUUCUUGAACGCUCUAAAACCACCUCCCAACAUUACAAACGGGGUGACGAAACCCUAAUCAGAUCGAGCGAAGAAUAGAACGCCGGAGAAAAUGUCGCACUUCGGGAGAACUGGCCCGCCGGACAUCGCUGAUACUUACUCUCUCCUCGUACUCAACAUCACUUUCCGUACCUCGGCGGAUGAUCUCUUUCCUCUUUUCGACAAGUAUGGGAAGGUUGUGGAUAUCUUCAUUCCCCGGGACAGAAGGACCGGUGAGUCACGUGGGUUUGCGUUUGUUCGUUACAAGUAUGCAGAGGAAGCACAAAAGGCUGUAGAUAGGCUUGAUGGAAGAGUGGUUGAUGGACGGGAAAUGGCUGUUCAAUUCGCCAAAUAUGGGCCAAAUGCAGAACGAAUUCACCAAGGGAGGAUCAUUGAGAAAGUUCCUGGCUUCAAGGGAAGCUCAAGAAGCAGAAGCCCUCGUAGAAGAUACCGUGAUGACUAUCAUAGAGAUAGAGAAUACAGGAGAAGUAGGAGCAGAAGUGUUGAUCGCUAUGAGCGUGAUAGGUAUCGGCAGAGAGAGCGGGACUAUCGCCAUCGGUCCAGGAGCCGCAGCUUAAGUCCAGACUAUGAUCGAGAUCGUGGCAGGAGACGGGACAGAAAACAUUAUAGGCGGAGCCCAUCAGUUGACAGUGCCUCCCCAUCUCGGCGUAGCCCCAGUCCUCACAGGAAAGAGUCUCCUCCUAGAAGCUUAUCACCCACAAAAGGAAGUCCUGUGAGGCGUGUUCGCAAUGAACGCUCUCCAACUCCUCGAAGUCGUUCGCCUCCAGGUCGAGCAAUGGAUUCACGAAGCCCUUCUCCUCGUGUUGAUGAGGUGAUAUCACGAGCUUUGGUCUGAUGGAUCCUAUUUUCUGAUCAAAUUCUAUUUGCAGUUAUGAUCGAGAGAAGGUUGGUGAGGUUGAUAUCAGAUGAUGAUGAUGGUGAUAUGGCUGCCAACCCUCAUAACUAUAGUUAGUUCGUGAAAUUUGAGGAGGCUGAUUGGUAGAUUGUGUGUUGAUUGACAGUGCUGAUGGUUUAGCUGUUGACAUGCAGCUUCUGAUGCUGUUUGUAGUUAAAUGUAUUUGCAAUGCUUGAACAGCAGAUGCUGGCUGGAGAUUUUCUCUGUGCACCCGUGUGUAAUUUAUUGGGUAAGACUUUUUUUCCGGUCGAGAGUUCACAAGUCUCAUCAUGUUUUCAUCCAUAGAAAAGGAGCUGAUCACGUUCUUAUAUUAAGUAUAAAAAUAAGCUUCAUCCAAGGAUUAGUUUUCCCAAAGAAUGUAACUUCUCUUUCUAGCUAGUUCUUUUCCUUUUUUUUUGGGUAGUCUUUUGCUAAGUUUGGUGCAUAUAAAUUGUCUCUAAAAAGGGAUCGGACGCAACUGGAAAUGUAGGAUGGACAGAGGAUGAAUCUACCUCUGUGCCUGAUGCUGCUAGUGAGGUGUCCCAUUAGCAAAGCUGAUGCUAGUUGUUGCACAUGCUGGCAUGUGGUCUAUUUUGCCCCCAACGUGCAUGACUGAUGAAAAAUAUCAUACCCUAACCAGUCAGAUGAUCAUGUCUUGUUGUGAUGCUUUUGUUGACAUUUUCUUGCUCGUUGAUCGUGAUUGUAGCUGAAUGAAAGGCAGGUUCAUUGUCCGUUCAAACAUCCUUUUAGCUUCUGGGUGCCUCUGAUCUUCCAGAACUUCACUUGAUCUUAUGUUAUACUAUAUGUGGCUGAUGGUCUGCUUGGUGAUUCAGCUUCAGUGCGUUUUAUUUUUGGUGUUUGUGGUGUUCAAUGUUGCUCUACCAAGUCAAGGUUAUUGCAGCUUCUAUCUUUAAACCGUAAAAACCAAUGACUUUGUUGGUUGAAGAAUCCCUAGUUGAAUAUAGAUGAGGUUGGUACUACUUAUGUGUUUUGUGCAUCUCAAUGUUUUUUUUAUUAGUAAUAAUAUACACAAUAGGCAGUGACUGGACAUUGCUGAAGGUAAAAGCUGUGGUCGACUUUUACAACUUCUUUGUAGUGCUGUAAAAUAUUGAUCCAAAAGAGUGGAUUUUGUCUGCGGAUUCUAUCCAGCAUCAUCUCGUUCUACUGUUGCCGCUUGAGUUGUGGUUAGUAGUGUUUGCCAUUGUGCAGUUUGACCGUGUAUAGCUAUGCUUCCAUUUCUUGCAGUUGCAUGUUUAUUUGACCGUGUAUAGCUAUAGUUUUGGGUUUGAUUAGACAUCUGAAUAUCUUGUGUAGUCUGUAAUGUCAGUUGGUCGUAUGGUGCUCAUAUUGGGAAAGGUAUGUGUCCCUGAUUUUUGGAGAAAACCAUUUCCACUAGGAAAAUAGUAUGUUGAGUAUGGA